CGCCGGGGUCCUCCGCGCCUGCGCCCGCUCUUAUAAAGGCCGACGCCGCGCCGCGCCGCCGUAGUGGCCUUGUUCUCCUUUUUUCUCCCCACGUUCUGGAGGCCGCUGUGUUUUUAUCAGCCUCCGACCCGCAGUCGGCCUGAGACCGAGCACCAUGCCUUCAAUUAAGUUGCAGAGUUCCGAUGGAGAGAUAUUUGAAGUUGAUGUUGAAAUCGCCAAACAGUCUGUGACUAUCAAGACCAUGUUGGAAGAUUUGGGAAUGGACGAUGAAGGAGAUGAUGAUCCAGUUCCUCUACCAAAUGUUAAUGCAGCAAUAUUAAAAAAGGUCAUUCAGUGGUGCACCCACCACAAGGAUGACCCCCCUCCUCCUGAGGAUGAUGAGAACAAAGAAAAGCGGACAGAUGAUAUCCCUGUUUGGGACCAAGAAUUCCUGAAAGUUGACCAAGGAACACUGUUUGAACUUAUUCUGGCUGCGAACUACUUAGACAUCAAAGGUUUGCUUGAUGUAACAUGCAAGACUGUUGCCAAUAUGAUCAAGGGGAAAACUCCUGAGGAGAUCCGCAAGACCUUCAAUAUCAAAAAUGACUUUACUGAAGAAGAGGAAGCCCAGGUACGCAAAGAGAACCAGUGGUGUGAAGAGAAGUGAAAUGUUAUGCCUGACACUGUAACACUGUAAGGAUUGUUCCAAAUACUAGUUGCACUGCUCUGUUUAUAAUUGUUAAUAUUAGACAAACAGUAGACAAAUGGCAGCAGCAAAUCAGUUGUUUAAGCAGAAUAUUGUCCUCCUCGCAUGUGUAGUUUGAGUACAGAUUCCAAACUUAUGGCUGAGUUUCUUCUAGUACGAUCAAAAGUUUUUUUUCUUUGCUCUAAAUAAACCUGAAUUGUGAGUUCUCUGUAGAAGGUGGCAUUUUGGGCUUUCCCUCUCUUUGUAAAGCGAUUUCUGCCUAGUUUAUUGUCUAGUUAACUUUAGUUUAAUGACCUUUUAAAAGUUGGCAUUGUAAAUAAAACAAGUUGAAAAAAAGUUUUCUGAAAUAGAAUUAACAACGUAUUAUCUUUAUUCAUGAGUUGGAAACUGGAAAAAGGCUACUUGAGGUAAAUGUUUUGAGUGGGAUUAUUAGGGUGUUUUCCAGCUUCCUGGAGUCAAGGAGUACCACUGGUAUUGAUUAGCCUGUAUGUAGCAGGGCUCCCUUAAUUGGAUCUAAGGACUUGUUUUUGCAUUUUUAAUUCUCAGCUUUGAAUAUGUUGGUUAGAAACCGAGUUACUACUAAAUUUGUGGUUCGGGGGGAAAUGUAACUAGCCAGUCUGUCAGCUUUUCGAUUAAAAAAGACAAAUAACCCAUGCGGUGUGUCAUCUUUUUAUAAUCAGUGAUCCCAUGUGGGGGAAACUUCACACUACUUGCAUGUAAAAAAAAUAAUUUAACCUUUAACGUUAAAGUGUCUGGAAAAACCUAGAAAGCAUCCAUCACGAAUGCAAGAUACUUUCAAUAAAAAAUAAGUUAUGUAGUAGGUGG